UCGGUGUUUGACGCUCAGGAAGUGGACUAAACCACCAAAGAUUCCCGCAGAUUCGAUACCGAUUUUCCCAAUGUAACAAACGUGUCCAGACCGACCUAAACAAUACUUUAAAUAUUUUUUCUGGGAUAUUUGAGACGAUAAUGCUGGAUGGUUGCGCUCAUGAAAUUCACCAGAGAUAUAUGCAGGCUCUUGGGACUUGGGAGCGGUCCCCCAGUCCAGCAGCAGGAGGAGCAGAUGGACUGUGGUGCUGCAACCCCUGACCCAAGUGAUGAUGCCACUUUAUCACAGAAUGCAUUAAAUGGAGAGGAGGAUUUGAGUGAGGAGGAGAAGGCCAGACGGAAGGCAGAGCGACGCAAAGCCAAGAGGAAGCGCCGUCGCAAACGUAAGAAGCAGGAGCAGGUCAAGCAAAAUGAGAAUGCCGAACAGGAUGAUGAAGAUGAGGAUGGAGGUGCGGAGUCUGAGUUGGAUGAAAGUGAGUCAGAGGCAGAAGUUGGUGCUGAAGAGGAGAAACAAAGUGUGCAAAAAGACGAGAAAAAGGAGGCAAAAUCAUCUGCCUCGCACAAAUACGCUGCCACUCCCAUUGUGGCUCCUUCAGGAAUCAAAGGACAUCAGAAGAGCCAAGCCAGAUCCACUGAAGAGGAGCCUGAGUGGGAUGUGAGCAGUGCCUUUUUUGCUAAUGCUGCUAGCCAUCUCAAACCCAAAGGAUCAAGUCGGAAGUCCAAAGAAAACAAGGAGAACGAGGCCAGGAGAGAGACAAAUGGAACUGACAGCACAACCAAGAAGAGUGCAUCACUGACAGAAAAGGGGAUAAAGCUGGUGCAAGAGGGGCAGUACACACAAGCUGUCAUUAUGUUUACAGAAGCCAUCAAAUGUGAUCCAAAGGAUAACAGGUUCUUUGGGAACCGCUCCUAUUGUUAUUACUGCUUGGAGCAGUACCCUCUGGCCCUGGCAGAUGCUGAACGCUCCAUUCAGCUGGCCCCAGACUGGCCCAAGGGACACUUCCGUAAGGGCAGUGCUCUCAUGGGCAUGAAGCGGUACAGUGAGGCAGAGAAGGCUAUGGAGCAGGUGCUGAAACUGGACAAAGACUGUGAGGAGGCUGUCACUGACCUCUUUAACUGUAAAGUGCUGCAGUUAAUGGAACUUGGUUUUGAAGAAAUGCAAAGUGUCCAACUGCUGGAGAAAUGUUCAACUGUUCAGGCAGUUCUGGCAGCUUGCUCAGAUGCUGCCAGGGCGGGGGGCCAAGAUCCAUCAGUUGUGCAACCAGGAAGCCCUUGCCCAUCUCUGUGGGUUGGAAAUGUGACGACUGAGCUAACUGAGAAACACCUAUGGGACCUUUUCAAAAUGUAUGGUGACAUAGAGAGUAUCCGUGUGCUGCAUGAGAGAUUCUGUGCCUUUGUCAACUUCAAGAAUGCCAACAUGGCAGCUCGUGCCAUGGAGAAACUAAAUGGUUAUUGUAUUGAGAACACACGUUUAGUGGUGCGCUAUCCUGACCGUCGCACACAGAGGGCCCUUCCCUUUCCACUUAAGACCUGUCUCCCUGUCACACAGCAGGCAGGGGCAGCUGCAGGACCUCGACGACGUGGCCCAGUGAACGGAGACGAGUGUUACUUCUGGAGAACCACUGGCUGCCAUUUUGGGGACAAAUGUCGCUACAAACACAUUCCUGAUCAGAAAGGCAAGGACAGGAAGCCCUGGCAGCCUUGAACUCAAUUUACUCUCUGCCUCAGUAGUGUGCAGGAAACUGGGAUAAACGGACUGAGCCAAAGGAGCUGGUACUUACUGGACCAGGUUCUCUGGGCUAAAAAUAUUAACUGUGGCAGAAUGGACCAGACUAUUCAAAGGAUCAGAACCAGCACUCACCAAGGCUGGGAUAGUCACAUAUGUGCCACAAAGGGCUGAGAGUAUGAAGAUUUUUAUGACUAUAUUGGAUGAUAUUGCUCAAUAGUACAACGAUAACCAGAAGGGAACAACAAAAUCACCUGAUGUAGUCUUUUGGAUGUUUUAGAUGAAAAACUUCAUAUUUGUAGCCCUUCAUGGCACACGGUGACCUAUUCCUGCUAUACAGGAUACAACCUAACCUCACAAGCCUACAAUGGAAGGAGGAAGUAAAACUGCCUGGGUUCACUGUUGGGAAAACAGUAAUGGCUCUGUCAUACAAAGAAGUAAUGAAAGGACGCAGUAUGGAUUUUUUAGGCCAAGGUUCUUCAGUGAUGACCCUGGGGACCUUCCUUCUUAAGGAAUUCCAUCACAAAGCAGUGUUCCUUCCUAUUUUUAGGAGUAUAGUAACGCGAUAAUUACUUUAAUUUGUUUGUGAACCUGAUUUUAACAGUUUAGGUUUAUCCAUGGUUCACAACUGCUCACAUCAGUCUGCGGUUCGUACUCUAUUUCUUACUUAUUGUUCCCGUGCCAAUAUCAGUACAUUGUCAACCUGACCAAAGAAUUACUAAUAGACAUACUCAUCAUUUCAGUAUCUCCCCUAUGAAGAUGAGAUUUUUCUUUUAGCCAAUAAGCUACAGAGACCCAGAGAGGUACCUUUACUGUAAACUGUGCUGCGUAGCUUUAGUUGAGAUGGUCAUACGUGGACAAUUGGACAUAAAAACCACAAACUGAACUUGAGGGAUUGCAGGAUUGUAUGUAUUAAUGCAUGGAUUAGGUGUAUAUUUCACUUUAUUUACUUACUGGCUACCCUAUUGUUGAAAGACUGAGUAAACACACACUGCAUGUCUGUUGAGUUGUCAGAACAAGUUAUGAGGACUCGUCCUUCAUAACAAUACUUCCAGGGUGUAGAAGAAGUAAUGGAAACACCUGAUACUAUCAUGCAAUCCAGUAGAAUAAUUUCUACCUUUAUGAAGGCUGUAGUGUUCACUUUUUGGUGAGUUGGUUUAACUCUAUGACAAUUUUGAAGCCUUAGUUUUUGGUUUUCAUGAGUUGGAUUGCCUGAAAUGUCAGGUAUGAAGUUCUUCAAUUCUCCCUGUUUUGUGGACUAUAAGAAAAUUAGUUGAGGCACUUAUCUGGUUACCUCAUGCAAAAAAACCCAGCCUUCAUUCAUUUAUCUCCGUAUUAGAAUAGGCAAUAUGCUUUCUUUGUACAUUUGCAUAGUAAACAUCUCACUGCUUUAUGUCUAUGCAAAAGAAAACUGCCAACGUGAUUGUAAGUUCUGUGUCAAACAUACACAAACCCAGCACCUCUGGCAGAAGUAGUCUUUUUUCAGAUUAUUAAUGUCUGACAGACAUGGUGAUGUCAUUGAUAAACUACUAUACCAUUGGACAGUGCCUUACAAAAAUCCAUGCUCAGUCAUGUGCACACACACGCUCAUGGCCAUGUGUGUUACGUGAUCCACUAACGCAACUUCUGAACCUUGAAAAGCAGUGUUUUUGACUUUAUGGCCUCCAUUUCAGUAUUUCAGUGAACCAAAGAAUGCCUCAUCUGAUGGCUCUGCACUGAAAACAGCCUCAUUCUGUAAUGAGUGUCAACACUAGAUAGUGCAUUAAAACUUAUUGGCAUGUGUCUAUAUCAUCCGCUAGACAAAAAUUACAGCUACAACACCUGGUUUCAGUUCACACUACAUUCACUAGUAAACUAUGCACAGCAUAGUGAGAGUAUUUAUUAUCUUAUUUAUGCGUAUGUUUUCUCUUUGUUUUUACAACAUACCUUGGGAGCUGAAUUCAGCUUUUCAAUUACUGACCAUUUUUGUUCUUUACUUUAUGGUAGGGGAAAGAAAAAGCCACUCUUCUGAUUUCUGGCUUUAGAUACAAGCAUUAUCAAAAAUCAUUAGGUGCACACACUGUCACAUGCUGCACUUCUGCUUUUUUUGUAUUACUUUCUGUCUUGUGGCUAAAACUUGUGAAAACGGAAUUCGACACCAAACCUUAAGACUGCACUUGUUGAUUUAACUUGUUUCUUAUUUGACUGGUGCUGUUAACUAUGGUCGCACAGUGUAUUUAAUUUUGCAGACUUCAAAUGCAUUGGCUGUUACCAUGGGAUAGUUUAAUUGUAUUUUAUGGACAUUUCAGAUUGGACAAAAGAUUUCCCUGGGUUUAAUGUCAGCUCUUUGGUGUGUUUUAGUCUUUUUACCCACUUUCAAACUAUUUCAGGAAAAUGUAUUUUUAAUCAUUAUGUACACACUGAUAACCAGAGCACUGCAAUCCUGUUAAUCCCCCAAUAUUUUGUAUUGUCGCACUGCAAAAAAAAGACUAUUUUAUAUUUAAUAAAUGAACCACCUAUUUCACCUA